UUUAAUAAACUCUACGUGUGUGCAUAUAUAAACACAUAUAUUACUCUUUUGUGUGUAUUUGUUCUAAUAAUUAGUGACCUAUUGUCGGAUUUCCCCCAUAGUGGAAGUAUUGAAUUAAAAUGCUUAGUUCAGGCAAGAGUGGGGUUGUGAAUGAGGCUUCUAACCUCAAGGCCAACCAGAACCUCACCUCCGCGAUUGAGUACAUGGCAAGCAAGGAGUAUCAACAGUCUCGGGAUUUGGGUGAUGUUAUCCCAACACACCGCCCUGCUGCCACUCAGGAGGUACUAAAUAACAAAAGCACUCUCCCAGUUUACGAUCUCAAAGCUGAGAAGAAAGAGGAGCGCAUUGAGCGUGGGAACGAUCUCGAGGAUGACGACGAGGACAUGGAGUUGCAACAACUGCGCCGCACACGGAUGCAGCAGAUGAUGCAUUUACGCGAUCAGGAAGCAGUAUGGCGCAGCAAGCAACACGGGCAGUAUCGCGAGAUUGACCAGGACGCCUUUUUCAACGUUGUUGUGCGCGAAAAAGGUGGUAGCGAUCAGUGUUGCAUUCAUUUCUACCACAAGGAUUUUGAGACAUGUAAAGUGAUGGAUCGACGUUUGUCUGAGCUUGCACAGGCAACGCUUUCAAUACGCUUUGUGAAGAUCGACGCGGAGAGGGCUCCAUUUUUAGUUGAUCGACUGCGAAUCACAACGCUGCCCUGUUUACUGAUGUUCAAAAACGACCUUUGCGUAGAUCGCAUUUUGGGCUUCAGUGGGUGCACGUCAGAGGAUGGCACACUGGAUGUGGACUUGUUGCACGAACGGAUCAACCAGGCCAUGUCAAUCACGAACACUGCAGGUGAUAAUAUGUAAUACAAGUCCACGACAUUAAAUUAGGUAAAAAAAGCGCAGCUAUUCAUACAGAUACGAAGUGAAUGCAUCAGAUACUAUUACUUUUGAUUAUUCCUUUUUUUCAUCUCUAAAUGGUAUGAUGCGUGGUUUAUAUGAGCGCUUUAAUGUUUUCUCUGUUUCAGGAGGACAGUGAU